CUUUCACAUAUUAUUUUCCAAGUACUUGUUAAUUGUUUGUUAUACUGUUGUAGCACAAGUAUCACUAUGUCUCUUCCGCCUCUUCAUUUUACUUGAAACUUGAAAACUUUUCUGAAGAGCUCUAGACUGACAAUCGGAUAUACAUCGCAAUAUCUAUCUCUACACGCAAUCUUACAUAUUUAAACUGGAUAAUUCACGGUUAUAUUAUCAGUAUCCAUGAGAGGUAGAACGGGAAGAGAGGGAGACUUUAUUUUCCCGCAUUUUUCCUUUUCUCGCAACAAACUUGCACAAAAUUAAUGUACUCGCGGACUCCAUGUGCAUUAUGAUAAAAUAUUUAAUGAGUAACUUUGAUUGGUCAGGCGUCCAAGACUGCUGUUUGAUGCCCUUUUAGGAUCUUUCAGUCUUUUUAAAAUAUUCUAUGGUAUAUCUCGAGGAAGAGCACCGUCAGCGGAAAAGACAUUUAGUCAAGACAUAUUAUUUUUUAUCCGAGAAUUUCUGUUCCAUUAUAUUAUAUCUUAGAAACUCGUACGAACGAUCAAAUAGAAAAAUAAAAGAUUAUGCUUCGUAAGAGUACGCUUAAUCGCACGAUAAAAUUUCUGCUCAUUCUGUUUGGUAUCUGGCCAGGCACAUCGUAUAUUCUGGUCUGCAGGGGUUUCUGGAUCAUUACGAUAGGUUUCAUCGAGUUCUGUCACUACCGUUAUUUUGUAACGCAUAUUUACUCUGCCGAGUUAUUGGAUUUGAUAGACUGCACGUGCAGCUUCCUGGCACAUGCUAAAGUGCUUAUAAAGUUUAUUGUAUUCUGGUUAAAUCAGGGAACAUUCAUCGAGAUGUUAACGAUGAUAACUGAUGAUUGGAGUGAUUGUGCCAACAGCGAGAUCAGCAUGCGCGAGAUGGUAUGCAAAGCAAAAAUAUCAGAUCGUAUUUCGAAUGCGCUCGUCACUCUUCACACGGUGACGAUUGUUGCAUAUUUCAUCGGUAUCAUCAUGGUUGAUGUUGAUAUCAUCAACACGACGGAAUUGCCUCUCGCCAACAAAUUAGAAAUUCCCUUCAUCAACAUAAACACGCAACGCACAUAUAGACUUAUAUUGCUCAUCGAAUUUUUGCACAUGAUCAUGUGCGGUUGGGCGAUUGGAAUAUUAAACGGAUUGCUAUUGACUUUUACCCUACAUGCAGCUGGUCAAAUCGAUAUCCUGCGUUGCUGGUUGACACAUCGUGUCGAUGAGAACAAACAUGGAUCAGUAGUCAUCACGAUACGCAAAAUUAUAGAAAAGCAUCAAAAAGUCAUCGAAUUUUCGGAGAACAUUGAAAGUCUGUACACGUACAUCGCGCUGUCACAGUUCGUGUCAAACACGAUAAUGAUUUGUUCAUUAGGUUUCCUCAUUGUAAUGGCAAUUGGCAGUCCCAAUGUAGUGGAGCAAAUACUUAGAUCCGUUUUAUUUUAUACUAUAACAAGUCUCGAAGCGUUUAUAUUUUGUUUUGCCGGAGAAUAUCUGAAUAACAAGAGCAAAGCGAUUGGCGCGGCGGCGUAUAACUCUUUAUGGUACAAUUUGAAACCUAAAGACAGUCGUGUCCUAUUAUUUAUGAUAUUAAGAUCUCAAAAGCAAUUGACACUUACAGCUGGCAAAAUGAUGGAUCUUUCCUUACAAUCUUUCACAACUAUCAUGAAUGCUUCGGGAUCAUAUUUAUCAAUGCUUUUAGCGAUGCAAUAAACACUAAGUUAUUAAUGUUUAUGUAACGAUCAUAACGUAUUUAUAAAUCACUAGUUGUAAUAACAGUUGUACAGAUUUAAAUAUGACAUAUUUUUUCAAAUAUAUAGGUGCGAAGAAUCU